UUUCUGGGUCCGAGCCAGUUGCCUAAGGGGCGUGUGCUCACUCGACCGAGCACCAGCACGUUGCCCACGCUCCUCUCCCGAGGUCUGUUGUUGCGAAGAAACACGCAUUGCGUUAUUAACGAUGAGAGUCUGCCACAGCUUGGAUUUGAAGGAAUAGCCGGCAAUUCCAGCUUUCACUGUGGAAUUGGGUCCCCCUACUCUGGCGCCUCCUUUGGGUCGCUCCCUGUAGAAAAGCACGCCCAGUGCAUGCGCUCAGUCGCUACGUCCGCUGUCUUGUCUCUCCGAGCAAGAUGGCGGAGGAGCCGCAGUCUGUGUUUCAGCUUCCUCCCUCAAGUGCUGCUGGAGGCGAGGGUCUUACGGAGGUCUCCCCAGAAAUAACCACUCCGGAGCCUCCUUCUUCCGCUGCAGUUUCCCCGGGAAUAGAGGAACCUGCUGGCGACACCAAGAAAAAAAUUGACAUUUUGCUGAAAGCUGUGGGAGAUACUCCUAUUAUGAAAACAAAGAAGUGGGCAGUAGAGCGAACACGAACCAUCCAAGGACUCAUUGACUUCAUCAAAAAGUUUCUUAAACUUGUGGCCUCAGAACAGUUGUUUAUUUAUGUGAAUCAAUCCUUUGCUCCUUCCCCAGACCAAGAAGUUGGAACUCUCUAUGAGUGUUUUGGCAGUGAUGGUAAACUGGUUCUACAUUACUGCAAAUCCCAGGCAUGGGGAUGAACCACAAAGAAAAUCAACUUACUACAUGAGAUGGAUUUUCACAGAAGAGACAGCUCUGAAAAGUUUUGAUGCUUGUGGCAAGAGACUUAACAGAUGUCAUCUAUUCAGCAUGUGUCUACUCUGUGCAUAAGAAAACAUCCAUAGCGUGAAUGGACUCACAAAAAUGUGAUUUGUAUUAAUAUAUAAAUCAUCAUAAAAGAUGGUCGUUAUACCCAUUGCUCCUACCCAUUAGAAUUAUUGCUGGAGAUCUGCCUCUAAGGUUGAAAAGGAGACAAAGGCUGUGUAAAUGUCUUGAUUACCAGUUCUCAAAAUGACUGAAGUUGUUUUCAUGGUAAAAGUUAAUUUACUAAAGAGUUCCUUUUUUUUUUUUUUUUUUUUUUUUUAAAUGUUUACAUUUGUGUCUGUGGUGGUUACUUCUUCAACAGUCACAUUGACCUGCUGGCUGAAUACCUCAGAUAGUCCAGUAGAGGGCAGCCCAGCAGGCAGAAAAGGUUAGGCACUUUGGUUUCACACCUUUGCUGGGGAAUAACGGGAAAUGGCUGUUUUUGCUAAUUUUUAGCUAAUAUCUAGCCAGGAGAGCAAGCAUGUUUGAUAGAUUGAAAGACUAUAAUUUUAGACAAUAUGCAUAGUUCAAUUUUUGGGGGGGAUACAGAAACAUAAAUUCUGGACAAGUAAGUCAUAUACCUAUUUUCAGCCCUAUCAUUUAAGGAUUCUUGAGUCUCAGUGAUGUAACUGUGGUGUUACUCUGUCAUUUAUAGUGUCAAAAGCACUUGAUGAGCGAACUCAGUAACAUCUUUUUGAAUGUUUCAAAAUGCAUUUUCCAACUUGAAAGCUCACAAUAAUUGAAAGGUACCCUUAAUGUGUAUUUUAUGCCGUGACUAAAAGUACCAUUUUUACUGAUGCUAUUAGACUUAUAAUUUUUUGAAGUGGGAUUUAACUUUUUUUUUUUUCCUUCUGUAUUUGUAAUGCCAUUAUUUUUAGAAAGCAUUCCAGAUCAGGCAUGGUGGCUUACAGCUGUAAUCCCAGCACUUUGGAAGGUCAAGCAAGGUGUGGGGAUUCUGUGAGGCUAUGAGUUUGACACCAGCCUGAGUAACAAGACAAGACCCCCAUUUCU